AUGGUUCUUUCCUUCAUCCUCGUCCAGAAUCGCCAGGGCAAAACGCGAUUGGCGAAGUGGUAUGCGCCGUACAGUGAUGAGGAAAAGGUCAAACUGAAGGGCGAGGUACAUCGUCUGGUUGCGCCCCGAGAUCAAAAGUAUCAAUCCAACUUUGUCGAGUUCCGCCGCAGCACCAAGGUCGUGUAUCGCCGAUACGCCGGGUUAUUCUUCUGCGUCUGUGUGGACGCCAACGACAAUGAGUUGGCUUACUUGGAAGCUAUUCAUUUCUUUGUGGAGGUGUUGGAUCAGUUCUUUGGGAAUGUCUGCGAGUUGGAUCUGGUUUUUAACUUUUACAAGGUCUACGCCAUCCUCGACGAGGUCUUUCUUGCCGGUGAAAUACAGGAAACAAGCAAGCAGGUCGUUUUGACGCGGCUGGAGCAUUUGGAUAAGCUGGAGUGA